AUGGACCUCUGUGACACAGACAGGACGCAGUUGCGGUUAUGGUGUCACCAUUUCCGGAGAAACAGGAAGCAAGGUACACCAGGCAUCUGCCAACCUAGCAGACGUGUGGGGUGGCUGCUGGAGGUGGGGCGCCCCCUGUGCCCAGGCCGGCUAUACCCAGAACCCCCAGAAACUGGCCCCACACCUCGCCAGUGCUCUUCUCCUCUUACCCUCCUGUUCGUGUGUGUGUGUGUGUGUUUGCCCUGUGACAUUGGCAGUCACAGUUUUCCACCCAGAGAGACGCUUGUGGUCCAUGAUGCUCCAAGAAUGAAUUUCCAAGUAUUUGCCAGUGGAGGAGCAGAGGCUGUGACAAGAGUGAUUUAG